CCGAGCCCGAGCCCGCGCAGCGAGCAGCAGCGCGAUGGACCGCAGCGCUCCGGAUCCGGGACCCCGCAGCGCGCCCCGCACCCCCGCCCCGCAGCCCGCGGGCUCCGCAGGGAGGAAAUCAAAAGCGAAGGCACCACUCCCUCCUGCCGAGACAAAGGGCAUGGGUGUCCCUUCUGCCGGGGAGCCUAUGGACUCGGCUGCUAUCAUCACGGAGCAAGAUGAAAAUACGAUCGAUAAAGACAUUGAACUCACAGUGGUCCUGCCUGGAGAUAUUCUCAAAUCUACUACUGUUCAUGGCAGUAAGCCAAUGAUGGACUUGCUCGUUUACCUCUGCGCACAGUAUCACUUAAACCCAUCAAGUCACACAAUUGAUUUACUGUCUGCUGAAGAGAAUCUCAUCAAAUUUAAGCCAAACACACCAAUAGGAAUGCUGGAGGUAGAGAAGGUCAUUUUAAAGCCAAAAUCUCUGGACAAGAAAAAGCCUGCACCUAUAAUCCCAGAGAAAACUGUGAGAGUAGUGAUCAACUUUAAGAAAACGCAGAAGACCAUAGUGAGAGUUAGUCCCCAUGCACCGCUUCAAGAUCUUGCUCCCAUUAUAUGCAGUAAAUGUGAGUUUGAUCCAUUGCAUACAGUGUUGUUGAAGGAUUAUCAAGCUCAGGAGCCCCUGGACUUGACAAAAUCUCUUAAUGACUUGGGACUGAGAGAGUUAUAUGCAAUGGAUAUCAGCAGAGAGUCCUGCCAAAUAUCGCAAGCCCCAGACAUCGUGAAGGAGAAAGAAAACAGAGGGAUUUUCAGCUUUUUCCAACGCAGUAAGAAAAAGCGGGAGCAAACUGCCAGCGCGCCUGCAACCCCGCUAGUGAGCAAGCACCGCCCAUCUUUUACGAGGUCCAACACCAUUUCCAAACCCUAUGUUUCCAACACACUGCCCUCGGACGCGCCCAAGAAGAGGCGUGCCCCGCUGCCCCCCAUGCCCACAUCCCAGGGCUCUGCGCAAGGCCAGGAGAGGCGUGCUUCGUGCGUGGUGAGAUCCACCAGUAUGGACGACACUGACAAGAGUUCCACUGACGGGGUCAUGGUGAGGACAGGGUCACUGCAGCUCAGUAGCUCGUCAGUAGGAACUUUGUCUCUGAAAAGAACGAAGCGAAAAGCACCCGCCCCACCUUCAAAAACACCCCUGCAGCAGAAUGAUGAGAACAGCCCUGCAUCUGAUAAUGCCCUGCCUUCAGAAGAUGGAAUUUCUCCAGACAGCACUUUGGAAGCAAACUUUCCUGAGGGCCUGUCCAGCCCAGCCGGCUCCCCUGGCCCCGGGUUCCUAAGCCAGGAGCGGCGCACUGUGCCCAUGCCGGAGGAUGAACUCUCGCUCUCUGAGGGCCCUGGGACUCCAGAGGCAGCUGUAGCGUCCUUGACAUCUGGUGUAAGCUCUGAUUAUAGUCUUGAAGAGAUAGAUGAAAAGGAAGAGCUGGGUGAGUCAUCUAAAGAUCAGGCAGGAGGCAGUUCUGUGAAGUCACCUGAUGUGCCUUCGGUGUUGUUGGAGAAUGAUCCUGACUCAGCCCUCGGCCUCAGUGAUGGAGAGGCCUCUCCAAGCUCCAAGGGAAAAAGCCAAGAAGGCAGAAACACAGAGGGACAAGAGUCACAUCAUCCUGUUGUAUGUGAUAUAAGCAAUGAAGACACAGUAUCCAACAGUCUAAGGGACUUGGAGACAACGAGCCCAAAUCAAGAGAGAGUUGAAAAUGAAAUCGUGGUCUGUGCCACAAACACAAAUUAUGUGAAAGACAGACUAGGGAAAUCAGAAACCGCCAUAGAAACCCCAGAGAAAGCCGUGGACCUGCAAGCUGAUGGAUUGUCAGGCUUUGCUGCAUGUAGAACAGAUCAUGUUAAAAGUUCUAGGGAAAAUCAUCUAACAGCACCAUCAGGACCAGAUCAAAAACUGAAUCAGCCAAGUGUAGAAAAGACAAAAAUGCAAGACGCAGCAAUUCAGGCCACUCCUGCCUGCAGCAGUUUUGAUGGGAAUCUCGAAGACCGUAAUUCGUCUGACCUCAGGGUUGAUGAGAGUGUGCAGACUUCAAACAGCAACAGAUCAACUCAGCACUCCUCCUCAAGUCUCCAAGAUUCUAUAAAUGCCUCAAAAGCAUUCAGGAGUCAGGGCACCCCAACACACGUACAAGAUAGACUCCCCAUGAAAGAUGUGGCUUGUGCAUAUGGGAACGAUGACCCUUUGUCUCCUGUAGACGGAAGUGAUAAGAAUCCAGCUGCUUCUUACCUAAAGAAUUUUCCACUUUAUAAACAGGACUACAAUCCCAAACCAAAACCUUCGAAUGAAAUUACAAGAGAGUAUAUACCUAAAAUCGGAAUGACUACUUACAAAAUAGUGCCUCCCAAGUCCCUGGAAAUAGUGAAGGACUGGGGGUCGGAAACAGCAGGGAAUAAAGAUGAACAAAAGGUGCAUGCUGUGGGGCAGAAGCACAUGCUUGAGAAUAUGACAGAAACAGCCAUGCCAACAGAAGCCCUUGUUACUUCCAAAGGCUCACAGGAGCCGCAGCCUGACCUUAAACCAAAGCCCAGCUUAGGAACAGAACGUCAUUUGCACAGGACUGUGAGCUCACCCGUUGGUGGGGAGGUGAACCCUCCAAAACCUCCUAGAAUGAUUAUGGACACUGGCAGUAUUCCUUUUGCACCAAAUUUGGAAGAUAUAAACAAUAUUUUGGAGUCAAAAUUUAGAUCUCGAGCUUCAAAUCCCCAGGCCAAACCAAGUUCAUUUUUUCUGCAGAUGCAGAAGAGAGCAUCAGGCCACUAUGUGACUUCUGCAGCUGCUAAGAGUGUCCACACUGCCCCCGGGCCUGCCCCCAAGGAACCCACAAUCAAAGAGGUGCAGAGGGACCCAAGGCUCCCUCCAGAGCAGAUUCUUUCCCCCUUAAGUGAAAGGACUCAUUCUGCUCCACUGCCCAAUAUUUCAAAAACUGAUUAUGAUGUAAUCACCCAGAAGCCUGCUGAGACCUCUCCUCCUCCUGUAGCUCCCAAGCCUGUGGCUCUUCCUGCUGAGACCUCUCCUCCUCCUGUAGCUCCCAAGCCUGUGGCUCUUCCUGCUGAGACCUCUCCUCCCCCUGUAGCUCCCAAGCCUGUGGCUCUUCCUGCUGAGACCUCUCCUCCUCCUGUAGCUCCCAAGCCUGUGGCUCUUCCUGCUGAGACCUCUCCUCCCCCUGUAGCUCCCAAGCCUGUGGCUCUUCCUGCUGAGACCUCUCCUCCUCCUGUAGCUCCCAAGCCUGUGGCUCUUCCUGGUAGUCAGGGAGCAUCACUAAACCUGAAGACCUUGAAAACAUUUGGGGCCCCACGACCAUACUCCAUUUCUGGCCCCUCACCCUUUGCCCUUGCUGUGGUGAAAAGGUCACAGUCAUUCAGUAAGGCACGUCCAGAAUCAUCCAGUGAGGGCCUCUCUGCCCAGCCUGCAGCUGACACAGAGGAUGAAAAGGCAUACGCAAUAAGUAAAUCCACAGUGGUUCCCCAACAUGAUGAUGUUGAUAAGCAAAAUAAACCUGUACAGAAUGAACAGAGUUCUCAGAUGCUGAGUCCAGCUGGUGGCCCACUGUUCACCCUUAUGAGACAGAGUUCUUUAACGUUCCAAAGCUCUGACCCAGAGCAGGUCCGGCAGACUUUGCUGACCGCAAUCCGUUCCGGAGAGGCUGCCUCCAAGUUGAAGAGAGUUACUGUUCCAUCAAAUACAAUCUCUGUGAAUGGGAAGUCAGGACUCAGCUAUGCCAUGUCCUCUGAUGCCCAGGACAGUCACUAACAUCACCCUGCCGUGACACACUUCACUGACCAGCUUCCUGCCUGCAAAGAAUAUUGGCAACUAUAUAUUCAGAUGUACAUUAAUAUAUAACUCUGUUCAAGAAUAAGCAUUUGUGUUAUGGAUCUAAUGCCAAAAGAAAAAUGACUAGAACUUAUAAUUUAUAAUAGUGUUUGGUCUUUUUGUCAUAACUAAAUAUUGCUGCUUUAGAAACUUUAAACAAGGUAUAAAUGCCUUGUUUUUUUUCCCCCCACAGUGAAUAAUCACAACUUAUUAAUUUUUUUCUUUUAUUUAUGGACAUACUGUGUACCGUAAAACAAAGGUAUAAAUUGAGAUUUAUGGAUAUAUUGUAUGACAGAGAAGCAGGCAAGCACAUACUAACAUUUACUGCCUCAGCAUUAGGCUGUAAUUAGAAACAUAAAUUAUAAUAAAGUCUUUUUGCUGAAAGAUGAGGAAAACUAGUAAAUCAAAUAAAUAAUGUUCAUUUAUUUUUAUUGAAGAAUCACUUAUUGUGAGACUUAUUUUGUGCAUUCUUUUAAUUACAAAUGAGUGCCAGAUCAAUAGGAAAUAAUAAUAGUAUUUUUUAAAAAUAUAACACUUUAACCUUUGCUAGUUAAAUUGCACAAGGAGACUUUAAGAUGUUUUCUGUAUAUAAUUAUGUUGUUACACAGAUAUUACAUAUUUUCUAAUGCCAGAAGUCUUAAAAUAUUCCUGUGAAAAUGUUGAUAUAUUAUGACAGUUAUUUCACAUUUGGUAUGUAGGGAGAAAAGGGGCUAGUUUGUGUCCACAUUCAAAACUUUAAAGACUAGUUUGAAGUUUCCAAAAUCCUGAUUUAAUUAAAAUAAAAUGCUAAAUUAGUCAUUUACGUAGCUCAGACUCUAAUUGUCUAAAUAAUAAUAUAUAUUUUCCUGAAAGCCACACUGGUUCAGGGAAACAGUGAUUGAUGUGUUGGCUUACAGUGAUCCUAGGGUCUAGCACAUGUUGGUGUCCUGAAUUUCUUUAUGAAUUUAAUUGCUCAUUUAUUCCAGAAACUGUUGAAACAGCCCGACGCUGUUUUGACUCUUACUAAAGCUACUGGAAUAUCUGCCAUUUUGACAAACAUGAAUUCUUUUUCCAUUUAAUAAAAGCAAGUUAUAUGUUUGAA